GGAGACAAAGGAAUUGCAGGGCUAGAUGGAAAAAAGGGGGCAAAAGGCGAGAAGGGAAUACCUGGAUCAUUUGGAAAGUCUGGAAGACCUGGAGAAUCGGGCAUGCAUGGGAAGGAUGGUAUACCUGGGUAUCCUGGAGAAAAGGGAGAAGAAGGAAAGCCAGGUCUACCAGGAAUGGAAGGUCACAGAGGAUUGCCCGGAAUACCUGGAAUUCCUGGAAAUGAUGGUUCAAGUGGAACAAAGGGUGAAUUAGGAUCUCAAGGAGAACCUGGUACAAGAGGACCUCCUGGAAGUUCAGUA